GAUCAAAUUAUCGAGCAGAAAAAACAAACCCUAGAUUUAUCCGCCUCUCUCCUUUCUCUGAUGAUAAGGAAUCGAAUCGAGUUAUGUACAAGGAUCGGAGUGGAGGAGGAAUAAUGGGUGGUGGUGGAUCAUCGAGAUCGGAGAUCCUUGGUGGAGCUAUUGAUCGGAAACGAAUCAAUGAUGCUUUAGACAAACAUCUUAAGAAAUCUUCACCUUCUACAUCUAGGGUUUUCACUUCUAAGGACAAAGAUUCUUUCCCUUCUACUUCGACUGCAAAAUCUCAGCUUCAUUCUCGUUCACCUGAUGUUGAAUCUGAAACUGAUAGUGAAGGAUCAGAUGUGAGUGGUUCAGAAGGUGAUGAUACAUCAUGGAUCUCAUGGUUUUGUAAUUUGAGAGGGAAUGAGUUUUUCUGUGAAGUAGAUGAAGAUUAUAUACAAGAUGAUUUUAAUCUCUGUGGAUUGAGUGGUCAAGUUCCUUACUAUGAUUAUGCACUUGAUCUCAUUUUAGAUGUUGAAUCAUCAAAUGGUGAUAUGUUUACUGAAGAACAGAAUGAGAUGGUGGAAUCAGCUGCUGAGAUGUUAUAUGGUCUUAUUCAUGUUCGUUAUAUUCUCACUACUAAAGGAAUGGCUGCUAUGAUGGAGAAGUAUAAGAAUUACGAUUUCGGGAGAUGCCCCAGAGUUUUCUGUUGCGGGCAAUCUUGUCUUCCGGUUGGGCAAUCUGAUAUCCCGAGGUCGAGCACUGUGAAGAUAUACUGCCCAAAAUGCGAGGAUAUUUACUACCCGCGAUCUAAAUACCAAGGCAACAUUGAUGGAGCUUACUUUGGAACUACUUUCCCUCAUUUGUUUCUCAUGGCCUAUGGGAACAUGAAACCACAGAAGCCGGUUCAAAACUAUGUUCCUAAGAUCUUUGGCUUUAAGGUACACAACAAGCAAUGAUACUCUCUCCUCUCACCAGUCCUGUGGUUGAAUACAAUAUCGGUGGCUCAACCACCAUUCUUCUGAUUGUCACGGGUUUCAAAUGGAUGAUACUAAACUGCGUUUGGAGGAUGAGAAGAGCUAAUGAAGAAAGGGCGACACUUAAGUUUUUCACUAUGUAAUUUUGGGAGUUCUAAGUAGAAUCUUCAAUAUAGAACCGUUCUUUGGUGGGUCUUGGGAAAUUCUUUACCUGUGAGUAAUCAAUUAAAUCAUUUACC